UGUGGUGCUCAAAGCGGACCAGGGCCAUAGUGGAGGGUAGUCAGGGAAGGUUUCCUAGAAGAGGUCAUAUGUCAGUUGAGAAGCUGAGUUUUGAAGCUGACUCGGCAAAGACAAAGAGAAAGGCACUCCAUGCAAGGGGAACAGAGGAAGCUCCUUCCACCCCUUCGAGUUCUGCCUGAAUUCUCAUUUCCUUCCUGCCACCAAACUUCGGGUCCUGCGCACACACCAGCCCCCAAGGCAACAGUUCUCCAAGUGAGGUCCAGGGUCCCUGCUGGAGAUGGAAAGCUUUACAGAGAUGGCACCUGGGCAGGGUUUUAAAGGAUGAAUAGGGGUUCAAUAGACAGAUAAGGAAGGGGAAGAGCAUUUCAGGAAGCAAGAAGAGCAAGGGAAAAGGCACAGACACAGGAGAGAAGCAGGCAUGUUCUGAGAACUUCAAGCACCUUGGAAAGGCUGGAACUCUCUAGAGCGAGACAGGGGAAAGUGGGAGGUGAGGUUGACUGAGGUUGGAUCAUAGAGGGUUUUAAGUGCCAGGCUGAUGCAGAUCAUGUUUCAUCCUGGCACUUGUGGUCAUUCUCCUGUAUGAAUAUAGCUAACUUUUUCCAAGUGCUUACCAUGUGACAGACACUGUGCUCAAUACUUUCUAGGUAUUAACUCAUUUAUUCAACUCUAUGAAGUAGGUAUUAUGCCCAUCUGUCAGAUGAAAAACUCAGGCACAGAAAGGUUAGUUGCUUGUCUAAGGCCACACAACUAGCAAGCUGCAGAGCCAGGACAUAGACCCAGGCAUUCAGGCUCCAGAGCCCCACACUCUUAAUCACUGCCAUAAAUAACCUCUCCUAGACCCCAUGCUCCAAUUCACCAGGCAUGGUGAGCCUGUCCUUGGCCUCUCUGCCCAACCAACAGGGCCCUCUGUACUCACCCCAGGUUCUGACAUUUGCCACCGGCUGCGUACUGACCCCCCCACCCAGGAAGAUGGCUAGCCCAUGGACCUUCAUCUUCGUCUGUGGUUUGCUGGCAGCCACUUUGGUCCAAGCCACCCUCAGCCCCCCUGCGGUUCUCAGCCUAGGCCCAGAAGUCAUCAAAGAAAAGCUGACACAGGAGCUGAAGAACCAUAAUGCCGUCAGCAUCCUCCAGCAGCUGCCAUUGCUCAGCGCCAUGCGGGAGGAACGGGCUGGGGGCAUCCCUUUUCUGGGCAACGUGGUGAACACCAUCAUGAACAAUAUCAUCUGGCUGAAGGUCACCUCAGCCAACGUCCUCCAGCUACAGGUGCAACCCUCAGGAGAUGGCCAGGAGCUAAUGAUCAAGAUCCCCUUAGACAUGGUGGCUGGACUCAACACGCCCCUGGUCAAAUCCAUCGUGGAGAUACACAUGGAGACUGAGGCCCAAGCCAUCAUCCAACUGGAGAGCAGCGAGGAGGGUCACAACCGCCUCAUCCUCACCAACUGCCUCACCAGCCAAGGCAGCCUGCACAUCAGUCUGCUACGCAAGCUCACCUUCCUGGCCAACUUCUUAACCGACAAGGUCAUGGGCUUCCUAGUGCCCGCCCUGCCCAAAAUGGUGAAAAGUGAGCUGUGUCCCGUGAUCAAGGCAGCCUUCGAAGACAUGUAUGCGGAUCUCCUGCGUCUGGUGAGAGUUCCCGUUUCCCUCACCUUCAACCACCUGGAGUUUGACCUUCUGUCUCUUGCCAUCAACAGUAGUGUCAUCCAGCUGAACCUGAGGGCCAAGUUGUCGGACUCGCAGGGAAAGGUGACCAACUGGUUCAAUGACUCUUUGGUGUCCCUGACGGUGCCCACCCUGGACAGCGCCCCUUUUAGUCUCAUUGUGAGACAGGAUGUGGUGAAUUCUGCGGUGGCUGCCUUGCUCUCCCCGGAAGAACUUGCAGUACUAUUGGACUAUGUGCUUCCCAAGCUGGCCCAUCAGCUGAAGUCAAGCAUCAAGCCGAUCAGUGAAAAGGCUGCAGAUCAGUUGGGGCCCACACAGAUUGUGAAGAUCUUCACCCAGGAUACCCCCGUGCUCCUUCUGAGUAAGGGCAAUGCCAACGUGGCCCAGCGGAUCGUGUUUGAGGUGUUUGCCACCAACGAAGCCCGCUGCCCCUUCUUCACCCUGGGCAUUGAGGCUAGUUCAGAAGCUCAGUUUUACACCGAAGGUGACCGACUUAUGCUCAACUUACAUAACAUCCGUUCUGAUCGGAUCUACCUUAUGAACUCGGGGAUUGGCCUAUUCAACGCUGAUUUUCUGGAAGACAUCAUCACUGAGAUCCUAGAGUCCAUCCUGCUGCCGAACGAGAAUGGCAAAUUAAGACCCGGGAUCCUGAUUUCGAUAGUGAAGGCUCUGGGAUUUGAGGAAGUUGCAUGUUCUCUGACCGAUGUGAGUGGGCCACAGACUUAAAUACACUGCCCUAGGGAGGGCAGUUAACUGCAAGUGCUCAGCUGCUAACAGAAAGAUCAGUGGUUCGAACCCACCCACUGCUCUGCGGGAGAAAGAUGCGGCAGUCUGCUUCCAUAAAGAUGUACAGCCUUGGAAGCCAUAUGGGGGCAGUUUUACUCUCCUUUAGGGUCGCUAUGAGUUGGAAUUGACUGAAGGCAGUGGGUUUUGGUUUAGGGAGGGUACAGUGGCUGGGAGAGUCCUGGGCUGGGUGGUAGGCCUGGGCUCCACUCAUGAGGGACCUUGGACAAGUCCCUUUCCUUCUCCAGGCCUUGCCUCCUUAUCUGUAAUGUGCCCCGAUGGUGCCCUGGGGGGUGGACCAUUCUGGCAGUCUGGCCUGGGGUCAACACACCUCCAGCUUUUUCCAUCCUACUUGUCAUUCUUUCAUUCAUUCAUUCAAUGAAUAAUUUUUGAGGGCAUACUAUGUGCCAGACAUGCUUAAGAGUGCUUGAGGCCACAGAAAUGACAAACAGAAAACAUUCCCUACUGGUGUUACUGUUCACACACUGGACCUACCUCUUCUGACCCCUCCAAGAAUCCUGUGUGAGUGAGUUCAGGGUCAUGACCCCCAAUGCCAGCAGUCACCUUGUCGAGGACAAAGCCAGCAUAAAUCUCAAGUCCGGCAGUAAAGACCCAGUUUGACUUUUCUCCUUCAAUUCCAGGACGCCCUUGUGCUUACCCCGGUCUACUCAUAGAACCCUGGACCACUCUCCUCUCACCCCCUGAAGACUUGGACGGUGGCCUUCCGGGCAGGCUGUCCAGCUGGGAGUGGGGAAGAGGGCAGGCUGUAGGUAAACUCUGUAGAGUGUCCCUCUCUGCAAUAAACAAGCACUUCCCUGUGACUCUUGCCGUGUGAUCUAUUUAUAUCCCAGCACAGGAGUCAUUUCGC